AUGGAAGGAAUCUUCAACAGCAAGGAUCUUUACGAGUACCUUGAGGAGCAGAAAGAGUCGGGAAUAUCGAAGACCAGGAAAAUAUCUCUGUACUACAAAGCAACAUCGAAAAGCGUGGGGGAUGACGAGUACUCGCUAAGGAUAUGGCUAGACUAUAUCUGGCUACUUAUGGAUGGAACAAAAGAUAUGACAGAGGCCAGAGAAACAUUCAAGAUGAUAAAGAUGAGGUUCUGUAAGUUUUACAAUUACUGGGAAGCAUACAUUCGGUUUGAGAUUGAGGCUGGAAACGAAAAUCUUUCCAAAGUCCUGCAGCAUAGCGUUGACUUUGUCAGGGUGAAGGAGUUUGGUGAAAAGAAGAGGGUACUAGAGUACCUGGAGUGUGUAAUGUCCUGCGUCCUGAACGGGCAAGACCUGUCUGUGUUUUCAAAGUGCCUUAAGGGGAGCCACACAACAGAUUUUCAACUUUCCAGCCAUUUUGAAUCCAAGAUAGAAGACUACAGAAGCAAGAUUCUGAAGAAAGAAGGUAGGGAAUCCGAGGAUAUAUCUGGCAGCGGAAAAGGUUUUCUGCCCCGAGGUGACGGAGUCUACCCGACAUUUGGAGAAUCCAAGGAGAAUCUGUGCAAUAGAAACAAAGCCGACGGUAACGGUUCUACUCUGUUGUCUAGCUUUGACCCGAAGCCUAAGGGCUAUUUCAGCACGGCCUUCGGAACAAUACCUGUCAAAUUCGAGAAGGAAGACUAUUCUGAGGGAAUAACCACGGAAAUAAACACAGCCUUGGGAAGAACAAGCCCUGGGGAAAGUAACUCAUCUCCAAGGUCUGGGAUGAUGAGGGCUAGAGAGAAGAUAGCUGUAAAGGGAAGAGAGGUCGAAAUACUCAAGCAAAUAGGAAAAGGAGGAAGCAGCAAGGUGUAUAAGGUUCUUCUUGGAAAUAACAUAUAUGCCUUAAAAAGAGUUGAACUAGUUGGAGACGAGAAGAUGCUUAAUUCAUACAUCAAUGAAAUAAAUCUGCUGUAUAAAUUCAAAGGGGCGCCCGAGAUAGUUGAAAUUAUAGAUCAUGAGAUAGGUGAGGACUACUUGCACAUCUUGCUGGAAUACGGAGAAACCGAUCUGUCGAAGAUCAUAAGGAAAGGAGGGCUAAGUAUGAACUUCAUCAAGGAUGUAUGGGAGCAGAUGCUUCUAAUAGUGAAGAGAGUUCACAUGGAAAGAAUAAUCCACUGUGAUCUCAAGCCAGCAAACUUCCUGUUUGUUAAAGGGCGUGUGAAGCUCAUAGACUUUGGAAUAUCGAAGGUUAUAAGAAAUGACACAACAAGCAUUCUUUCUGAGGAGCAAUGCGGAACAGUGAACUAUAUGUCUCCUGAGGCUGUUACCCAGAACAAGUCCAAGGUUGCCCGUAGCUCAGAUAUUUGGUCUCUGGGAUGCAUACUCUACGAAAUGGCCCAUUCAAAGCCUCCGCUGCACGAGUAUCCUAACCUGAUCCAAAAGAUUCAGAAGCUGCAGGAGUAUUCUGAGUUUACAUAUUCAAGCAAGAACAAGCUUGCCGUGAUGGUCAUGAAGGAAUGCUUGGUCAGAGACCCAAAGAAGAGGCCAACCAUAGAUAGCCUUCUCAAUCACAGAUUUCUCACAGGAGAAAUAUGCAUAGAAUCCCUCAAGGAAUUAGUUGGAAAGGUCCUUGAGAUUAGUGGAAAGGACGAGUCCGAUUCUACAUACAUCGAUAAGAUAACCGAGCAGCUUUGCGAUGCACAUGGAUGGCAUUAG